GGUGACUUUUCCUAUCCUCCGUUCUUUCAUGUCUGGUCCAAAGAACAAUCUCCAGGAUGUUCUUCGGAAACGCUCCAGUAACUCUUCAACGGGAUCCGGUUCCAUGUCUUCCAGACCAAUGUCGUCUACCAGUAGUUCCAAAUUCAAGCCUGCCACAGCUUCAUCGUCUAACCCGGUGACAAGCACAGCUCGCAGAGUGCCUUCUCUGCCGUCUUUCGCUACACCGGGCUUUGGCAAAUCGAAGAUUGGCUCUGUGAACGAUGUGAAGAUGCAACGGAAAACGGACGCCCCAGAGGUUACCUACAUUAUCCAGGAUUCCUCCUCUCCAGGCGUCAAGCGCACUGCAGUCACCGAAACAAACUCCUCGAAGCGGUCCAAAAACGUAGAGUCCAACAAGGAGAACGUGGCGGAUUCUUUCAUCAGUCCCGUUCCGUCCAAAUCCAAAGCAAAGCGCGUAUCACACUCUCCGCCCUCCACGCGAGAGAGCAAUGAAGAUGCCCCCUGGCUGGACAUGGACUUGAGCGAGGAUUUCGACCCCAAUCCUUUUUCUCGAGUAGAGAAGGAUUUCAAGACGUUAUUAGAACCAUUCAAAUCUAAAUCAUCGUCGUCUUCCCAUUCUGAUCACGCACCUAGAUCACCUCCGGCUUUGUCAAAGAUGUUGUCCUAUAACGAGGCAAUGCGCAAGGAAAAUGCGAAAGCUAUCGAUGACUACCAUCGCAUUCACGAUGAGAGUGUUGAUAUAAUCACUUUGGAGGGCAUUCGUGAUCUCCUGUCAAAUCGUAUAGAAAGUAUACGAAAACUCAUCGGGACUGUCAAAACUAGCGCAGACGUUGGGGAUGACUCAGAAGUUUCCAUAUCUUCACCUUAUUUCCAGAGCAGCCUUUCGACCAUAAGUUCGGAAGUGAGCAUCUUGCCGCACGAUUCAUCCUACAACUUCUCUCGAAUAUCAAGCCGCUCUACAACGGCUCCAUCUGAAACUCCUCUGGUAAUUAACGACAAUGACGACGUAUUAUGGGAUGACUUUGAGGAUUUACCUGAAUACGACCUCGAAGAUGACUCCAUUGUUGAGAUACCCGAUCCAGCUUCAGAGUCUUCUGGCUUUGUCUCAGAAGUGUUGAAGCAAAGUCCGUAUUACGAAGAGGUUACGCGGAAGCUCAAGAGCGUGUACGGUCUCCAGAGUUUCCGACAGAAUCAGCUGGAAGCAAUAAUCGCUGCUAUGGAGGGCCGGGACGUCUUCGUACUUAUGCCGACUGGUGGAGGGAAAAGCUUAUGCUAUCAACUGCCCGCUGUAUGUUCAGGUGGCCGAACCAAGGGUGUAACUUUCGUUGUGUCCCCUCUCAGGUCUCUCAUGCAGAACCAAGUUGACGCUUUGAAAGAGAAGGGUAUCGACGUGUUGCGGUGGAGCCCAGGUUCCAGCGAUGCUAAGGAUAUUUUACAGCGCCUGAGAGGCGCUGCGAAGCCAGACCUCGUAUAUAUAACACCAGAGAAGUUGAAGGAGAGUGGAUCUGUACAAAGCGUCUUAUCAGACCUAUAUGGUCGUGGUCAGCUCGCACGGUUUGUGAUUGAUGAAGCUCAUUGCAUCACAACGUGGGGCAAAGACUUUCGGGCGGCGUAUGAAUCAUUGGGCUCGCUCCGUCGUAACUAUCCAAAUGUGCCGAUAAUGGCCUUGACAGCCACUGCCAACCAGAAGAUGAUCGACGAUAUCUUAGCGAAAUUACAGCUCAAAGAUACAGCUCUAUUCUCUCAAUCAUUCAAUCGCACAAACCUCAACUAUGUUAUUACACCCAAGAAGAAGAACAUGAUCGAUGAAAUCUACAGAUAUGUACAGGAGAAUCAUCGUGGUCAAACUGGUGUAAUCUACUGUCUUUCCAGAGAUAAAUGCGAAAAGGUUGCCGCAGAUCUGCAGAAGAAAGGGCUAAGUGCGCGGCACUACCAUGCCAAGAUGGAUGAGUCGGAUAAAGAGAGAAUACAAAUUGGGUGGCAAACUGGUCAAUGCCACAUCAUUGUUGCAACGAUUGCUUUUGGAAUGGGCAUUGAUAAACCUGACGUGCGAUUCGUCAUUCAUCACGAUAUGCCUACCAGUCUCGACGGAUAUUAUCAACAAACUGGGCGUGCAGGUCGUGACGGCUUGCCUGCGGAUUGUAUCCUGUAUUACUCGUAUCGCGACUUCCACAACGCAAAGACGAUGAUCACCAAAAAUUGCGAGGAACGAGGCUCUACGCGUGAACAAAUGGAAAACGCAAUCCAGGAAUUGAGAGAGGUCAUGCAAUAUUGCGAAAACGAUUCCGAAUGUCGGCGCGUCCAUCUCCUUCAGUUCUUUGGGGAGAAAUUCGACGCUAAACACUGUCGGCGUCGGUGCAAUAAUUGUGCUAAUCGGGAGGCCAUGGUAUCAUAUAAUGUGACGAAGGAGGCUCAUGAUGCAAUCGCGCUCGUCAGGUCUCUAGAAAAGCACAACGUAACCUUGGAUCAGUGUCGCUUGAUCUUCAAAGGCGCGGAACGUGCCACUCUCCAGAGAUUCGACCCUUCUUUGCGUGGUGCUGGUAGUCAUCUGGGCCAGGAACUUAUCGAACACCUUUUUUCAAAGCUGAUCUUCUUGGACGUGUUCACGGAGGUGUCUCUGCCGAACGCAGGAGGAUGGCAUAAUCAAUAUCUAAGGAUGGGGCAGGGUGUUGAUGCGUUUUUACGAUUACGGUCCUAUAGCAUCAACGUCAGACCGAAAGUCCCGAAGAAAGUGAGCGAUAAACCUGCCGGUCGCAAAGGGAAGGGGAGAUCAGGAUCCAGAGCAUGAACCCAUGAUCCAUGGUUUCCAGUAUUUUUAUUACCUGUUUAUAGUAUUACUCGUGUAUCUGAUGCAAUCUGUGAUUUUAUUGCGAUCUAAGAGUAUGGCUCAUCAUCGCCUCAAUC